AUGAAGAACGUCGCCAUUCUCGCUCUUACCACGGCUGCCUCCGCCGCCGCAGCCAACAACUGCUACCAGUCCCUCGGUGCCGAACCUCUCGUCCUCCCGGCCUCGACUUUCCUCUCCAACGCUUACUGCCAGGCCCUCUGUCUCUCGCGCAACUACGCUUUCUCCGGGACCAAGGAUGGCAAGGAGUGCGCUUGUGUUAAGGAGUUGCCUAGCAAGGACUUGAAGGUGGAUGAGAAGGAGUGCUCGGUGCCUUGCCCGGGCUACCCGGCUGACAAGUGCGGCGGCCACGACGCCUGGACCGUCACCGUCCCUCAAGCCCCUAGCUCUGGCGCCAGCUCCAGCUCUGCUGCCGCCCCUACUGCCUCUGUCGUCCGUCGCUCCGAUCACCCGGCUUGGUUGGACUCGGGUUCCAGCGACUCCUCUUCGUCUGACUCUAGCUCGGACGACUCUUCCUCGUCUGACUCUGGGGACACCCCCGUCGCUGGUGUUGGCCCCGCUGUUUCCGCUACCCCCUCUUCCGACUCCUCUUCCUCCGAAUCCACUAGCUCUGCCUCUUCUGAAUCCACCGGCUCCGCCUCCGCCAGCGUGGAGGGCGGUAUCGUCGUCGACUCGGAACCUACCUCUUCCGCUUCGUCCGACUCUGGCUCUGACGCUGCUGCUGCUACUUCUUCUUCCUCUGACUCGUCUGAAGAGAAGACCACUGCCGCCGCUGCUGCUACCACCACCGCCGCCGGUGCCGCGACCAGCACUGCUGCCGGCAGCUCUGCUUCUGCCACUGGCGGAUCUGACUCCGACUCCAACACCACCCAGACCACCUCCAUCCCCAACACCCUCCUGACUGCUCCCUCGAGCACGGGCUCCAGCAGCGGUGCUUCUGCGUCGCCGUCUUCUGGCUCUUCUUCGAACUCGGACUCUAGCUCUAGCUCUUCCAGCACCUCUGACUCGUCGAGCUCCAGCUCGUCGGCUUCGGCUUCGGCUACCCCCUCUGGCGAGAACGCUGCUGGCCGUGUUGGUUCUUCGUUCUCGAUGGUCGGUGCUGUUAUGGGUGUUAUGGUUGCUUACUUGCUGUAA